AUGAUUAACGAACAAGCCAAUGAGAACUUAGUUCACGUGACUACUACGAUGUCAAGUAUGUCUCAAAAUGAUAACGCUAAUAUUAGCACACAACAAAUGACUCCAAGACAACUCGUCCAAGAUCACCAAAUAUUGUCCAACAACUCACAAGAAGAUAUCAACUCACAAGAUGUUAUCUCGAAUUUCUUUUACAAACCACCCAAUGAUUAUCAAAUUUACGAUAUUAGUUAUAGGGAAAUAUCGAUAUCUUUUGAACUUGUAUCUGAACUCUUGGGCAAUAAUAAUAAUAGUUCAGUUCAAAAUAAUGUUCAACAAAAUAAUUUGCAUGAAUUUUAUUUUCUCAAGAUUGAAGAAAAAAAAUGUUAUAAAGUCACUUGUGUAUUAAUCCCACAUUCGUCAAUCGUUGAAUAUUUAAAUAAAAAUAUUCAUGGAGUUGAAUUUAAUCAUGAAGAACAACAGCAAGAAAUAUAUGUUGAAUUUUCUACGGAACUCAAAGAAAAUCUUGAAUAUUAUUUGAAACAAUUCCUUGCAUCGAAAUAA